AUGUUGCUCUAUAACUCCUUUACUGAGGGAUUGAAGUUUACCAAGACAAAGAUUCUUCUUAGGUAUUACGCUUCAGCACUCAUCGAUGUCCCCAGAGACGACGUCAUCGAGGAUGCUGGCGUCAGCAAGUCGCAGGCAAUGCAAAAUAUACGUGACCGAUGGUACUAUCCCCCUGAUCUCGCCAAUGACCUUCAGGAUCUCGACAUGCCGAAGGCAAUGAAGCAAGAAAUAUUUGCCUGUGCUUGGGAGUACACUCGAUGCGUAAUCCCGCAGUAUACAAAUUGGCCACGCUAUGUUGCAUUUAUGCGAAUCAUCAUUAUUGGGAUCGUGGCGGAGUUCCGCGGCAACCUUGUAGAUGUGACAGCUGGAGACGAUAUGAUGGGCUACAACCUUAGUACUGUCCUCGAUGCACUUUUCCUAGGUACAGCGGAUCGUGAAAAUAUGUGCCGCGAAUACCGAUCGUUCUUGCUCAUCACAGCGGACAAGUCGAGUGAGAGAAGAAACGGAGAGCUAUUCCGUCGGUAUGUCAACGCCCUUGCCCAUUCGCCACGGCAGUGGUUUCGGAUGCGAGACGCCGAUGCACUUGCCCGCUUUACGAUAGCAGCAUCAUUAGCCUGCAACGACCUUGACGAUCUAAAAUUCUCAAAUAUGGAGUAUGAGAUACUGACCGAGAUCGGGGACACGCUAUACGAUGCUGUGGCAUUCUUCAAGCACCGCUCUGAAGGCGAGACGAACAGUACUUUUGCAUACAUGCCUCCGGAUAUGCGCGUUGAAGCUUUUCACCAGGCUCGAGAGGUGCUUUGGGCGAUGGAUGUAGCUUUGGCGCCGAAGACCACUCUCCAGGGGGUUAUAAACUUUGUACGGUUCUUUGGCGGCCCUAUACAUAUGAUGAUGAGGCGAUAUCGCUUCGUGGAAGAGCAUCUGACGAUUGGGCAGGUGGAGACUGAGAAGGUCGUCGACCAAACACGCAAGAACUUCAAACUUUGGAAUCGUUUAGAUGCUAAAGACGCUAAAGCAGGCGACGAAAAGCGCUACAAGGAUAUCGUUUCUAACAACAGCGGUGAAGUCAUGUUUCCGGGCUUGGUCGAGUUUUUGGAAAACGAAGAUAACUGUCCAGACUGCUGCUUUCGAGAGUCGUACGGCGCUGAAACUAAGCAUCAAUUUGGAGGAGUUCAGAUCUGCUCUGCUUGUAGGGAGGAAUGGGGGAGAUAUAUGAAGUCCUUGCCCGACCGGGCAGUAAAGGCCUUUCCAGAACUAGCAUAUGUUCUCUCUAUACCAUGA